GGCAGGAGGCGGAGGCGGAGCGCGCGGGGCGGGGGCCGCGGGGCCCUGUGAGACAGUCGGGCGAGCGCGCGGCAGCGGGAGCCGGGCGCCCGCGAGCCAAAGGCGCGGCGGCUGGACCCGGCGCGGCCGCGGAGGCCAGAGACCGCCCGGGGCGGUGCUCGCGCUUUGUUCCCGCUCGGGCAGCGGGGCGGGCGGAGCGAGCAGCCUGAGCCCAGCCGGGGAAUGGCCCAGGCGGCCGCCCCGCGCGCCUCGGCCCCGCCGCGCGCCUGAUUCUGGCACGGCGGGAGAAGACGGCGCGUGGAUCGCCCCCAAGUUACGGAGGUGGGGACCGAGUUCGAAGGAAAAGCCACUUCAGGAGCCAGGUCGCGACAGUGCGAUCGCCUCCAUCCGCCGGACCUCCGGACCCAGCGGACAAGAAGGAGAAGAAGGCUGCAGCGAUGCCCGACUCCCCCGCUGAGGUGAAGACGCAGCCCCGGUCCACGCCCCCCAGCAUGCCGCCCCCUCCAUCCUCUGUGACCCAGGGCACCACUCGGCACCCCUCCUUCACGCCCCAUACAAAUCGAGAGGAUGGGCCUGCGAUGUCUCUGCCCCAUGGCCGUUUUCAUGGCUGCUUAAAAUGGUCCAUGGUCUGUCUUUUAAUGAACGGCAGCAGCCACUCACCGACGGCCAUCAACGGCACGCCAUCCACGCCCAACGGCUUCAGCAAUGGCCCGGCCACCUCGUCCACGGCCUCACUGUCCACACAACACCUGCCCCCAGCCUGCGGGGCGCGGCAGCUCAGCAAACUCAAGCGCUUCCUCACCACCCUGCAGCAGUUCGGCAGCGACAUCUCCCCAGAGAUCGGGGAACGUGUGCGCACGCUUGUGCUGGGGCUUGUGAACUCUACACUGACCAUUGAGGAGUUUCAUUCCAAGCUCCAGGAGGCCACCAACUUCCCGCUGCGCCCCUUUGUCAUCCCUUUCCUGAAGGCAAACCUGCCCCUGCUGCAGCGGGAACUCCUGCACUGCGCCCGCCUGGCCAAGCAGACCCCUGCCCAGUACCUGGCCCAGCACGAGCAGCUCCUGCUGGAUGCCAACGCCUCUUCCCCCAUUGAUUCCUCGGAGCUCCUGCUCGAAGUCAAUGAGAACGGCAAGAGGAGGACACCUGACAGGACCAAAGAGAAUGGGUCAGACCGAGACCCACUGCACCCUGACCCCCUCAGCAAACGGCCGUGCACCCUGAGCCCCGCCCAGCGCUACAGCCCCAGCAAUGGGCUGCCCCACCCCACGCCGCCACACUACCGCCUCGAGGACAUGGCCUUGGCCCACCACUCCCGUGACCCCUACCGCCACCCUGACCCCCGGGAGCUUCGGGAACGCCAUCGGCAACUCACGGUCCACGGGUCACGGCCAGAGGAAGUGAUUGACCACAGGCUCACAGAGCGUGAAUGGGCUGAGGAGUGGAAGCAUCUCAACAAUCUCCUGAACUGCAUCAUGGACAUGGCCGAGAAGACACGGCGGUCACUCACUGUGCUGCGCCGGUGCCAGGAGGCUGACCGCGAGGAGCUCAACCACUGGGUCCGGCGCUACAGCGACACUGAGGACAACAAGAAGGGCCCCACGACCACCACCGCCCGGCCCCUCGGCAGCUCGGCAGCAGCAGAGGGGUCUCAGCUAGAUGUGCGCCGGGAGUUCGUGCCCAGGACCCUCUCCAGUUACAUGCCCGAGGAGAUCUGGAGGAAGGCCGAGGAGGCAGUGAAUGAGGUGAAGCGGCAAGCGAUGUCUGAGCUGCAGAAAGCCGUGUCAGACGCCGAGCGGAAGGCCCACGAGCUCAUCAGCACAGAGCGUGCCAAGAUGGAGCGGGCCUUGGCCGAGGCCCGGCGGCAGGCCUCGGAGGAUGCCCUCACUGUCGUCAAUCAGCAGGAGGACUCCAGUGAGAGCUGCUGGAACUGUGGACGCAAGGCCAGCGAGACCUGCAGCGGCUGCAACGCAGCGCGCUACUGCGGUUCCUUCUGCCAGCACAAAGACUGGGAGAAGCACCACCACGUAUGCGGCCAGAGCCUGCAGGGCCCCUCGGCAGUGGUCGCUGACCCGGUGCCAGGACAGCCGGAUGCCACUGUCAGCCUGGGCCCCUGCUUGCCCACAGGUGCUGCCAGUCCCAGCGAAGCUGGCUCCACGGGGCCAUCUCGCCCAGGCUCCCCCAGCCCACUGGACGCCGCACCCCGCUGACCCCUCCCAGACCCGCUGCUCGGCCCACAGACAUGCGCCCACCAACCCUGCCUGGCCCCGGUUGCCGGAUGCUUCGCCGGGUCCUGGGAGCCCAACCAUUGGAGUCACUGCUGCUACUGCUUCUCUCCAAAAGAAAACACAGAACCAACAAAAACUGCAUUCAACGCAACUUCCUCAGCUACCUGAUGAUCUCACGCAACAACCUCUUCCAGCGCCCUCAGAACCUCCCACUGAGCUUUAGACAGCGGAGCAGAGCGGACGCCAGCUGGAGCACCACCGGCUUGUCCACUGCCCUCCCUCCCUUCUCUCCCCACCCCUUAUUCCUGUCUUUAUGACUUUCACACACUUUCUCUUUAAUGAAAAAAAAAACUAAUUAUUUGGGGGCUUAUAUUUUCAGUGAAGAAUUUUGGGGGAUUUAUGGCAAAAAAAGCUACUCAGAAAUGGACAAAGAAAACUUUGGGGGUUUUCCCCUUCCUGAUUAAAAAGGAAAAAAGAAAACUGUUAUUUUAUAGCCAGAGAUCUGAGCCUCUGCGUCACCGAAACUACCCCAGGGGUAUGUGGCCGAUUCGGUGAACACAGUGAGAAAGACUUCAGUUUCUGACCCAAGCAUUUUUGGUUUCGGUUUUGGUUUUUUUUUUUCCUUUAAUGUCAAACUCUUUGGCUUUAAGUAGAAAUCCAAAAAAUUUUUUUAAAAAGUAAAGGAAGCAUACUGUAAACUACCUUGCCAGCUAGCCAGCCAAGGAUGCCGCACACACCUCUGCUCCAAA